AUGGUCAGACCGGUUCUACCGGUCUUCCCCUCUGUUGUUCAGUCUCAGCAGUACUUCUGGUCCUGCAUGAGCGGUUCUACCGCUCCUGCCUGUACCAGUACCUCUGACCGGUACUACCGGUGUUUGGACGUGGUACUACCGCUGCUUCUGGAGCGGAAGUACUGCUCUAAACCGCCUGGUAGUUACAGGACCGCCCACCAGAUCCGCACCCACCGCCGCCCCCGCCGCUCCUCGCUCCGCCGCCUCCUCUCCUCGCCGGCCGUCUCCGCGGCCUGCCUCCUCUUCGGCCUCGCCGGGUUCCUCGCCGCCGCGGUCUCCCUCUCCCGGGCGCCCGCCGAGGCCCCGCGGGGCCGCUGCCCGGACUCCUCGCACCCGCUCUCCGUCUCCGUCGCCUGGGACUGGCGCCCCGGGGAUGCCGCGGGUGGCGCCACCGACCUCCCGGCGGGCCUCGCCACCGGAUCGCGCGGCAGGCACAAGGUCAUGGCCUUCGUCGGGAUCUUCACCGGGUUCGGCUCCGUUGGCCGCCGCCGCGUGCUCAGGCGGACGUGGCUCCCCUCCGAUCGGCAGGGUCUCCUUCGGUUGGAGGAAGCUACUGGUCUGGCAUUCAGAUUUGUGAUCGGCAAAAGCAAUGACAAGUCUAAGAUGGCAGCUCUUGAAAGAGAGGUUGAAGAAUAUGAUGAUUUUGUGCUUUUAGAUCUUGAGGAGGAGUAUAGCAGGCUUCCAUACAAAACGUUAGCAUUCUUUAAGGCUGCCUAUGCGUUGUUCGAUUCUGAUUUCUAUGUUAAAGCUGAUGAUGACAUUUACUUGAGACCAGAUAGACUCUCCUUGCUCUUGGCCAAGGAACGUACACAUACACAAACAUACAUUGGAUGCAUGAAGAAGGGGCCUGUUUUUACUGAUCCCAAAUUGAAUUGGUAUGAGCCACAGUCCUUCCUACUUGGAUCAGAAUACUUCCUUCAUGCAUAUGGGCCUAUUUAUGCUUUAUCAGCUGAUGUGGUGGCAAGCUUAGUUGCUCUGAGAAACAACAGGUAA